UCACGCACGCUAACCACUUGGCCACCUGGUCGGCAGUUAAUCGAAUUCUAACCACUGGAGAUUUUGAGCGUUGUUUGAACCUGAAAUAUUUUUUUACGAAAUAGUUAUUAGCGUUUCACACAGCGUAAUUUGAAAGAAAUCAAAAGGGUUCCAAAAUGUGGAACUUGUUGUCAGGAAUUGCUGUCAUCGUGUUGAUGGUUCUGAGUGUUUGCUAUGCAUUUCUUAGAGUAUUUAAAAACUACAAAAAAGGAAUAUUGCUGUAUAAAAUACAAAUGGCACAACAAAACUCAUCAACGUCACUGACAUCCAGAAUAACGUUACAGCCUUCCAGAAAUCGUCAAAGAAUUGUAACCAUUCCUCGCAUUGAAAUUACUGAACCAGCAGAGGAUGUAAUGGAAACAAUUGAGAUUUUCAACAGGUAUUUAGAAAGACCACCCUCUUACGAAGGCCUGGAUCCACCUCCGUAUGACGUUGCUGUCCAGAUGUGAACUUCGUUGCCAAUUAUGCAAAUAGAAAAACUUGUGUGAAUUGUUUUUAACGAGUUUUAAUAUCACAGUUUUUAAGCUCAUUUAGAAGUGCGAUAAAAUAUUUUAUUGCAUACAGAUUUGUAUAAAUGAUUAAGAAUAAAGAACAAAAUAAAGUGUUUUAAAAUAUA